UAGACACUAAGGUGCAAUUUGCUCCUGAUGAACAAGUCUACAACCUGCUGAAACGCGAACAGCUCUUCCAUGCGCAGAGGCGCACUGGAGGACGAGGCAGGGGUACUCGUGAGUCAGGCGCAGCCAACAGUGGCUGGCUCUGGUGAUUUGAUAUAACAUUAUUACAUGCGCUCUGUAAGGGGAGGCGCGUCAGGAGGCUGGUGAAGUAUAUUCUCCUGCUCACAGGGCAUUCGCCUUCAUUCACCAGACUGCUUAAGACUUUACCGGACAGCUGGAAUUUAUCUCAAUUAAAACGGGGAUGAAAUUCAGAAGAAGCAGCAAAAACGCGUCUGGAUGACAAGCUUGGGGGAUCUUAUAAAAGGAAACGUUCAAUGUGAAGAUUGUCUUUUCAAAUGAUCAGAUUUGAUCAUAAUUUCAUUUAUUCGACUUUAAAGUUGAGCUCUUUGACACUGUAUUUUUCAUAGAAGUGUUUUUUUUCCUUUUAAGAUACUACAACGAUUGUCUUUUCUAGCUUUUUUUAAAAAAAUAUUGGUUUGAUGAAAAGAAGCAUGCUGAUCCACUGUCUGGUCAAAUAUUACUAAAGACAGAGAUUUCGGAGGAGAGGAACCGUACAAUACCAGAUGUGAAAUAAACAUCUUCACACACACGUUACUUUCUCUGAGGGAUGGUACUGAAUUUCCUAAACUCAGGAGCAACUGUUCAGCUCCUACUGAAUACAUUUUUCUUUUUUGGGGGAAAAUCUAAAUUGAAGGGAAAUGAGGAACACAGUUUACUGUUUGUUCGCCUGCUCUUUAUACCUGCUGUCUGCUAUUGCUGAGGAGGUAGAGAUACCCCAGGAGCUUAUUGAAAGACUGUCUCGCAGUGAAAUUCGCUCCAUUAGCGAUCUCCAGCGCCUCCUUGAGCUUGACUCCGUAGAGGAAGCCGUCCCAGCGGUGUGCAAAACCCGGACAGUCAUCUACGAGAUCCCGCGCAGCCAGAUCGAUCCCACCUCCGCCAACUUCCUGAUAUGGCCGCCCUGCGUGGAGGUGAAGCGCUGCACGGGCUGCUGCAACACCAACAACAUGAAAUGCCACGCGGCGCGGAGGCAUCACAGGACGGUGAAGGUGGCCAAAGUUGAGUAUGUCAGGAGAAGACCCAAAUUAAAAGAGGUUCUUGUGAGAUUAGAAGAGCAUUUGGAAUGUGUCUGUAUACCACAGCAUCAUGUCACAGAGCACACAGAGGCAGAAACAGCCCCGCCCCCUCUGUUUACAGGGCGAAGUAGGGCCACAGGUAAAAAAUGGAAACGCCAAAAGCUAAAACACAACAAGGACUUAUUGCCGACGUAAAAAAGCUAAAAGUCCCUUGGACCUGUGUGCAGUACAGCAGAUGUGAGGUGAAAAUGACUAACCGAAGGAUGACUGUAAAGGGGAGUGAUGCAGUCUACUCUUCAAACACCCUAAAACAAACUGUCAAAGGUGCUUUCUCACAGUAACAGUUAAUUGCUCCAAAAUGUGAAACCGACAAAUCAAUAUUAUUAACAAACUGCUCGUCUCACGGACAAACAGCGGACGAACAGAACAGAGAACAAUUUUUGUACUUGGAAAAUGAAAUAACUGAGUCAAAAUGAAAAGAAUAGUGGCACUCUGGGACUAUACAACCAUUUCCUUUCAGGAAAGAAGAACAGCACAUUGUUGGAGCUGGAUGAGAAGAGGAGAGGAAUUUGAAGGGAAUAAAGGAGAAACACUGGAGUAGUCAGAGGUGCUUGAUGGCCAGAAACCUUGCUGCUUUCUAACAGACUUUAAUGGACUUCACGCGUACGAAGCAGAGAUGGAUAAAAGCCAUUUGGAAUCUGCAGAGCUGCUGUGGGACAUUCUCGUUGAGUGGUUUAAGUCUUUUCUUCAUGGGAAUCCUUAAACAGACAGCUGGUUUUGUUUCAGCAUCAAGGAUUUUCUUAAACAAAGCAUUUCCUUUAACCUUUCCUAACCCUUUUUAUUAUUUGGAAGGACAACACGAACAAUAAACCAGAAAGGUUGAGCGUCCAACCCUAGCGAUUACUACCAGAAAAUGCCAUUUCACACUCUGUUCUUAUGGCUGAACCACUUGCUCUGACGUUUCAACAUCGACUCCGGCCUCUGUCUUCUCCCGAGGGCCCAUUGGCAGUUUUCUGUAGUGAUAUUGACUCUCCAUCAUUUCGGUUCUUGGCAUUGUCUUGGUUUUUUGCUCAUUCUUUUCCCAGUUACUCACACGUGCUUCUGAGCGACGUGUGAAAAACAAAGUCUGUUUUCUGACAAACUGCUUUGCUCGGCAGAAUACCGACUACAAAUAUUUGAAAGAUGGGGAAAAAGAAAAUUCUUUAUUUUUGGUAAAUUGUUAUGCUUACAUGUAUUCAACAGGAUUUGUUAUCUUGUCUUCAAAUGGUUGUAUUUUUAUCUAAAAAAGAAAUCCGUUUUUUUAAACAUCCCAGUGAAAUAUUUAAUAUGCUCUUCUUUAACUUAAUAUUGCUUCAAUUACACAUUUCAUUUACUGUCUUUUUGAUUUGAGUUUAAAGUCUCAGAGUUAAAUAUGAUGUAAUAGAAAAAAAAACUAAUUUCAAAACCUGGUCUGUUGACUCACGCUGGGGAAAUGUUUUAACAUUGUAUGCAGGCUCAUAUCAAGUAAACAAACUAUUACCAUCACUUCUCUGGCUGAUCAUAAGCUUUGUUGUGUAAAUUUAACAUAUUUUACAAAUCAAAAGCAAUAGCUCAGUUAUUUAGGAUUACAACCCUGCUCGGAUAAUUAAAAACCUUACAUUACCUUCAAUGACAUCAGUAUAGUGUAGUUCCCACUAAAAAGAGCAGAGGGCUGUAUUCACAAACACAUUUCAGUCUAAAUAAGUGGAACACUUGGUCACAGAAAGAUAUUCCUCUAAAGCCUCUAAGGUGGCCAGUGGCGUAUUACCGUCUUCCUUUUUAUGGGAAUAAAAUUCACAUGCUAAUGAGUUUGAAGGAAGCCUCUCUGAGAAAAAUAAAAGACGUGUCCACUGGGCAAACUGGGCACCACUGGUGUGGUGGUUCGCAGCAGGUCUAGUUGUCCUGGGAGGGCUGAAACCAGAGGGGAAACAGACCGUGUUGUUAGAAUGUGAUGUUUUACCCAAUAGUCCUGCUGUUAAGUUAUUUAAACUGAAACUGCUGCUUUCUUCUGUAGCUCAGUUCCUUAAAAGAAUACAUUGUAAUCGGUGCUAUAUAUAUAAAUAUAUAUUAUUUUUUUAAAGGAAUUAUUUGCAGCAUCACUUUCCAUAAAAAGCAUAGUAGGCCUCUUUGCUGACAGCUGAAGUCUUCCCUGUUAAACACAAAUGGCUCCAAUCUGGGACCAUUUCCAUAAUAAACUCAGUACAUGUCCUGAGGUUUUCAGGCACCAUGGAAGAAAAAAUAAUUUAUAUAUUUAUGGUUUCAGUAUACGUAUUUCUGCUUCAUUAAACUUUGUACAA